AUUAAAGAUCAGCGCAAAUACAAAAUGGCAGAAGAUCUCUACAUGGAUUUUGAUAGUGACUUAGCGUUCCACUUGAACAUGGAUCUGGAUAUAGACCUUAAUUUUGAUGUAGAUAUGGAGUUCUACGACGACGGAACGGAAAGAGAACGUGAGGAAACAAUGAAACGUGACAUACAGCACAGCUCUUCGAAACCUCUCCUCCAAUAUCACAUUUUCGUUUAUCGAAAGGAACUAAGACGACGUAAAAUGAAUCGCUUACAUCUAACGAAGACGAAAAUUGAUCUCACUGGAGGCCUGCUGAUAAAUUGUGAAGGCAAGAUAUGUGAUUUUUCGCCUCAAGAUAUCGACGCCUUCACACGGCAGGUGGAUUUCAAGGAUCGCUUGGUGCGGCAGCAUGCAUCAUUAUAUGCCGACAUCGACGAAGAAGUUGAAAGGGACGUGGACGGCAAACUCAUUGUGAAGUGUAACGUAGCGUGAAUGUUAUCUGUAAUAGUUUUUUGUUAUUUAGGUCAAUUAGUGUUAAGUUAUUGAUAUUAUAAAUAUUAUCUACGUAAACAAUUAAAAUUUAAUAAAGCUAUUAUGUAAUUUCAAA